AUGUCUCCCCCAACCAACACCAAAACAUUCCUCAUGUCCGGCACAACCCGCGGCAUAGGCCGCGGCCUCGUCUCCUCCCUCCUCCAGCACCCCAACACCACCGUCAUAGCCGGUGUCCGCGGCACCAAAGCCGCCACUGCCACAUCUCUCAACUUUUUACCCAAAGCCCAAGGGGCCAACCUAAUCAUCAAGGACCACGGCAUCCAGCAGCUAGAUGUAGUGAUUGCGAACGCGGGCGUGAUAGGCGACGAAGGGAUUAGUAAAGUCGGUGAUGUUACGGCUGAGGCGAUAAGGGCGGAUUUCGAGGUUAAUGCGUUGGGGCCGUUAUACCUCUUCCAAGCAACCCUUCCCCUCCUCGAGAAGAGUCCAGACGCGAAGUUCGCAGUCACAACCUCAGCGAUCGGAUCCACUACUCUCGCUCCAACCUUCGGGGUGCCGACUGCGGCUUAUGGCGUCAGUAAGGCGGCAGUCAAUCACCUCUUCCGUAAAGCGUCAGGGGAGUAUCCUAAUAUUGGGUUUGUGAUCAUCCACCCUGGAUUGGUGCAGACGGACAUAGGAGGGCUGUUUGCGGAGCAGGCCAAGCGUGCGAUUCCGAGUAUUACGGUUGAGGAGAGUGUGAAGGGGUAUUUGGAGGUGAUCGGGAAGGGGAGGGAGGAAUUGGGGGCGAAGUUUUGGAAUUAUGAUGGGAGUGAGCUGCCUUGGUGA